UGGUUUAUACAGCUCGACGCCAAUUCGAUUUCUGGUCAGAGAAACGGUCUGACCGAAAACCACCGUUUCCAAGACUAAUCAACAGUUUUCACGCGGCGCAGCCUCUAAUCAAAGGCGUAAAUUUCUCUCCUUUUUCUCAGCUCUCUGCUUUCUGCUUCCUCUCCUGCGUGUCUUUUAUAGUAAAACGAGUUCUGUGUAUUUUACUGCACCUUUAAAUUUGUGGGAGUAUUGGAGCACUAGAAGUGUUUUAGCUAUUAAUUAGCAUUACAUUAUUACUGGGUUCUGAGAAUCUGAUCGAGUUGUUGUGUGUGUGCACUUUAAAGUUUUGGGCAAUAUUUGAAGUUGUUUUAUUGUUCUGUGAGUCUGGGAUUUCAUUAUUUCAACAACUGAUUCUUGAUUCUUGAUUCUUGAUUCUUUGUGGUUUAGUUAAGAUUGGGGUUUGUGGGAAUGGAUUAUUCUAGGCAUGUUGAAGUUUUGGGGGUGAAUAGGAUGGGGAAGAACAUAAAGAAGAGUCCAGUUCACCAACCCAGUUUUGCCAAUAAUUCUGGUUUUGCUGCUAGGCCUCAACCCCCAUCUCAGGUUUAUAACAUAAACAAGAGUGAUUUCAGGAACAUAGUCCAACAAUUGACUGGUUCACCUUCACAAAACACAUCAUUACCUAGACCUCUCCAAAACCCCUCCAAGAAUCAUCCAGGUACUAGGUUGCAAAGGAUUAGGCCUGCACCUUUGAUGCCAAUGAACCAACCCCAAUUUCGCGUUGCGCAUAGCAAUAACUAUGUAACGCCUGCUGCUACUGCUGUUUGUAGUCGACCGCUUUCCCCUGCACAUAAUCCUUUUAAUCCAAUAGAUGUUUGGGAAAAUUCGGGCAAUUCUCCUGUUUCGGCUUAUAUGCAGUGCCUGCAGGGUUCUAUUAUAGAUUCUGCAGGGCCUAAACAAGCACAGCCUCAUGAUUUUCUUGCGAAUCCGCCUCUUCCAUCGCCUCGAUUCCUUGAUCCUCCCCUUCCAUCCCCAUGGAUGAAUGGUGAUGCUCCUAUUCUAUCACCUCUGAUAAUGAAUGACGUUCCACCACCACCACCACCACCUCUUUUGCCUUCCCCGAAUGGAUUCGUGAAUUUGUUCUCUCCCUGCACGCCUUAUCCUUUGUUUUCCCCGGGCGUUCAGCAUCCCCCUCCAUUGUCCCCAAAAUUCUCCUUUUCCCCUAUGGGUCAGCCAGGAAUUCUUUCACCUCUAUCACCCAGUUAUGGAUUUCCAUUGUCCCCUUCUGGAUUCUUCGCCGUUUGCAGUCCAAGAUGGAGGGAUCAGUAACCCUAAAACGCAAGAAGCUACUGACUUUCCAUGGCUACCAUGGAACAUUCUUUGCACUGACAAUUCUGAAUUGUGAAAAUUUCAUUUAAUGUAAAGUCUCAUGAAACCAUGAGCUCUUAUUUUUUCCAUUUAUUCUUGUUAACUUUCUGAGUAGCAGAAUUUGUAGUAGAGGUAACUUGUUUAGUAUUACACAUGUAUGGUAAGGUAAUGUAGAUUGUAGUUGUAAUGUAACUUGUAAGGAGGUAGCUAGCUAGGUUACUGAAAUUUAUAGAUGCAUUGGAGGUCUCUUGUAAUUUCAUUACAGUUAAAUUAAACAAAUUUCGAGUCAUGUUUAGGUUGCUGAU